AUGGCUAACCAAAUAUCUCUCCUGUCGUACUUGCAGACUGCACCUCCUGCGAUCCCCACAAACCCUCCAGCGCGUCCGGGCCGUAACACUACGAACAGAUGUUACAGGGCCAGCGAUAUCCACAGCACCGCAGUAUGGCAAGCAUUCAACCUAAACACGAUCAUGCAGGACUACCGGACUGUUCUGAACCAGACCCAGCUAGCUGCAGACCCAAUUCCAGCUUCUCCUCCUCGUCCAGUGCCAACUGAGGAUGCUCUAAAGGAGAAGCUGAACGAAUACAUAACCCCCAGGGUUCGGCGCGCCCUUCGGGCUGGGUUCGGUCACCUAGCUGCCACUGGACAAGACGGUGGGACCACGGCUAUUGUGUACGGCUCAGGAGGUUUUGCAAAGAAAAUCCACCAGUACACACCCGACACCGCUUACUUUGAUCCCACAGUUGCAUCGGGUACAAGUCCCAAUCGGGCGCCUGGGGAUUACAAACCGUCCUGGAAAUGGACUAGCGCUGGUACGGACAAUGCUACAGCGAAUCGUACCAGGUACAAGCAGGUACUGGCCCAGGUGAACUACUACAUGAAGCAGCACCAGACCAGGUAUGGGUUCAUCCUCACAGACCGUGAGUUGGUCGCAAUUCGGCGGCUGGAUUACCAAGGCAACCUCGAGCUUGCCGCGCCCAUACCAUUUGCGACUCGUGGCACGGUUCAGCAACCUCAGCUGACCGUUUUGCUGGCACUAUGGUAUCUUGGGAUGUUGGCCGCGCAAGAUCAAGGGGCUGAUUAUUGGUCCCUGUGA